AUGCAUCGGCCUACUCAUAUUGACCUUGCACCUACUCUCGCAGAAUCAAAUCCUCUGAUUGACCUUAGACUGCGCGCUUACGAUGCUUCAACAGGCAAUUUUUUGAAAGCCGUAUCUAAUUACACCAACCGCGCCAUUGUCGAAAUCACUAAGCACAGAAGUUCUCAGAUUACAGAGAAGAAAAAGUUGGCAGAAAAGACACAUAGCAUAGAGGCGGAAACGAAUUAUUGCAAGGCAAAGGAAAUUGAGUUAAUCGCCGAUUUAGCCAAAGAACAGGAGGAAAAAAAAGAGUUCGAGCAGUCAAUCGCAGCGCUUAGGCGACAGUUGGGCCAUCUUCGUGAGAGGUGCGCUGCCAUUGAUGUAGAAAUCCAGCAAUUCCGCGCUGCAACAGCAAACAUGCGUCGAGAAAAAGAAAACGAAUGUAAAACUCUUACUUCGUUCGCUACACAAGUACCACCUGAACUUUCAACUUGCGAGCGGCGUUUACAGUGUGUCAUCGAAGGCAUCGAGAGAGAUCACCUUCUCAUUCGCUUUUCACAUGUGGAUCAACGCAACCCGGAUAAGGAAUUUAGCUUUGUUCUAGACCUUUCUUGUUCCAUAUACAAAGUAACAACGACUACACCACUCCUUCCAAACCUCCCGAUUUUGCUAGAUGAUCUCAAUAAAACUAGAGACAUUUACCAGUUUAUCAGAUCAGUCCGUCGAGCAUUUGUCGGAUCUUUAUCGUAA